AUGGGUGUUGGCAAAUCGUGUCUUUUACAUCAAUUUACAGAAAAGAAGUUCAUGGCUGAUUGUCCUCACACAAUUGGUGUUGAAUUUGGAACUAGAAUAAUUGAAGUAGCUGGUCAAAAAAUUAAACUACAAAUAUGGGAUACAGCUGGACAAGAAAGAUUUAGAGCUGUAACUCGCUCCUAUUACAGAGGAGCUGCAGGUGCUCUUAUGGUCUAUGAUAUAACUAGAAGGUCAACAUAUAAUCACUUAAGUAGCUGGCUUACAGACACACGUAAUUUAACAAAUCCAAGUACUGUUAUAUUUCUUAUUGGCAAUAAGUCAGACUUAGAUGGACAACGGGAUGUUACAUAUGAGGAAGCCAAACAAUUUGCAGAUGAAAAUGGAUUAAUGUUUGUUGAGGCCAGUGCUAAAACGGGCCAAAAUGUGGAGGAGGCUUUCCUCGAGACGGCAAAGAAAAUCUACCAGAGCAUCCAGGACGGGCGGCUCGACCUGAACGCUGCGGAGUCGGGCGUGCAGCACAAGCCCGCGUCGCCGGGCCGCCCGCUGGCCGCGCCGCCCGCCGCGCGCGACCCCUGCGCCUGC